GCCAUGUGACACGUGAGUUUGUUAAUAUGAUGGCUUCCUCUCCGAGCUCUUGUUGCUGAGUAGCUGCUGUGAAACACGAUGGAUAAACUGAACAAAGUGGUGCAAAUUCGCUAUAGAAGCGCCCAGAGACACCAUCCGAGUAGAGAGAAAGCGAAAGCCAAAGCGUGGAAAGGAGAAAUAAAUCUUGGAACUGAUUGGAAAUGCUAUUCUUAUUCCAGCUGCCAGAAGACGUCCUCUAUCUCAUCCUUUCCUAUCUAGACAGCAAGUCUCUGAGCAGCUUGUCUCAAGUUUGCAAGAAGAUUUACCACUUUACCAGCAGGGACGCGGUUUGGAGAAGAAUUGCAAAACACUGUAUAAACACCGGAAUAACUCGACAAGGAACAGACUUGUUUCCCAGAAUCCCCCUAAAGGACAGAGUGAAGGUCUCUCAGAAUUGGUGUAGAGGGCGAUGCCGCAGGGAGACUGUCCUGAAGUGGAAGUUCAACUUGUUGCCAUGGCUACAGCUAGACAGCAGUGUGCUGUAUCUGUCGCAGGCCGCUGAUAUCGGAGCGUACCAGCUACGAGCAGAUGGAGGGGGACUUCAGCGGAAACCCUUGGCUGUGUUCUCUGGACACCAGGAGGACGUGUGCAGAUUUGUCCUUACCGACUCGCACCUUAUCAGUGCUGGAGGGGAUGGAAAGAUCAUUCUCCAUCAGAGAAGAAGCUCUUUCAGCGUGGAGUACUGUGCUCACAACCAGGAGGUGAACUGUGUCGACAGCAGGGGUGGAGUCAUUGUCAGUGGUUCCAGAGACAGAACUGCUCGGGUUUGGUCAUUGUCAUCAAACAGGCUUGGAGAGUGUUUACACACAAUUCCCACCCUUGACCGGGUGUGGUCUGUAGCGAUCAGUCCUUCACAAAGCUCCUUUGUGACUGGCACCGCCUGCUGUGGGCAUGUGGCCCCCCUGCGCAUCUGGGACUUAGAAAGCUGCCAGCUGCUGUCUUGCCUGGGAAAUGACUUUCGGCGGGGUGCAGGAGUCCUUGAUAUAACCUAUGAGUCUGCUUCAACCCUCCUCUCCUGCGGCUAUGACACCUACAUACGGUACUGGGACAUCAGGGCUAGCUCCGAGAAGUGUGUCAUGGAAUGGGAGGAGCCUCAUGACAGUGCUCUGUACUGUAUCCAGAGCGAUGGGAACCACAUGAUCGCCAGUGGCUCCUCCUACUAUGGAGUGGUGAGGCUCUGGGACAAACGACAGACCCGAUGUUUACAGACCUUCUCUCUGUCCUCCCCAACUAGCAGCCCAGUGUACUGCCUGCGCUUCAACACCACCCACCUCUACGCUGCCCUGGCCACUGGCCUCUACGCACUGGAUUUUAAAAGACCAGAGUCACGAGGAAGAAAGUGACAGCUCCUGCAGACUUAUGUAGGCUACCCAUAAUGUUGUAGCCCCCUCAUCUUGACGAGCAACAUGUAGGACUUAGAAUGCUUGCUGUGCAGUCAAGUCAGAUCGGAUGCCUUUUCUUUUAAAAAAAAUAUUGGUCUUGAUUUUGAAAGAGGCCUCAUAGCCUUAUCCCUUCUUUUUUUUUUAAACGUUCCUAGCUUCUUUUUCCAAUGGGCCUGUACGCAGACUCUUUCAAAGCAAGAAAAAAAAAUCAUCAGCAUCACGUAUUGUAAGAGGACGCGGAAGGGGCAUCGUUCGGUUUCUAGAUUUUCAAAUUCCAGCCGCAGCCAGACGUGCAGCAAGUGUGAAAGACAAGUCCCUUGUAUUGGAGUAGACCAGAAAAGUCACUCCAGUUGUGCCUAUUGUGUUUCCCAUCUGCUAAGACACUCCACAGCUUUAAGCCAAAAGGUCUUACUUGUGCCAAAUUGUAAUACGUUGCUGAUCCAAGAAAAAGCAAACAUCCCGUAAGGAAAGCCAGACUGCCAAAGGUGUUUCGGUCGCAGGAUUCAAAUAUGGACCUUGACAAAGAGAAGAGAGAUAUGAGAUCAACGUUCCAGGUUUAAAAUCAUCUUUCACAACUGUUUCUCUUACCUUUUUAUACAAUAUUUAAAUAAAUCACAUGCUGUGCACAGUCUGGAGUGAAUAUACUUAACACGCUUACAUUGAAACAACAUGUACUGAUCAUACAUGGGGGCAUCUGGGGGUAGAUAAAAUAUGGGCUUAUCUUUUUUUUUACCUCGGGGUUAAUGGUGUUCUGUUAAUUUUUAAAAUAUGUUUUUUAAAAAGUUUUCUGAUGGGAUUAAUAGUAUCUUUACAUGUACCUUUUUAGAAUAAACAUAUGCUGCCAUUAGUAAUACGCUAGAGAUGCUGCAGCCUGCUGAGCACAGAAUUGCAGUACAUUGCUUUUCUAUUUGGACUUGGACUUGAUUGCUUAGUGAUUGCAUCAUAGCCAUCACUACAACAGUAGUGUAUUUGGACAGGCCCUGGAUUUGAGUCACCAGGCACACCCAAGAGCGCCCAAUCCACACGGACAAGGGCUGAACCCACUAUGUCAAUUGACACAGCCCCGUGCUAGGGUGAAUUUCAAAACUCUUGAGAAUCCUGGCGAAUGAUUUUACCCCAUGUGUUCAAGUCCCAGUCUUUUGGGAGACAAAAUGCAAAGUGAAGUUACUUCCAGUUGUUCCACAUGAGAUGGAGCCGGGUGAAUAAUUGCUCAUUUAAAGCUUUUGUAUCAUUUCAAAGAAAAAAAUAGAUUGCAGAAUAAUCAACAAGCCUGCUGUGGCAUUUUGUCUGUGAUACCCUUUUGACUUUGACAAAGUAGACAGCUGCUCAACUUAGUAUAUUAGUAACUUGGGAAUUAGUCAGGAACAGUAAAGAAAAUUGCCUUCAGUCUCUCCUUUUGUGCAUCUGCAGUUUUCAAGACUUUAAAAUGUGUUGUGUGUAUGUACAUAUUCCGAAAUGUGAUGCUCCUUAACACUUCUCACUGUAGCAAACUAAAUUUAGUUAACACAUCUUCCUGGUGUAUGCAGUGCUGUACAACUUUGAAUUUUGUAGGCUUUAAUACAGACUUUUCUUUUAAAUCAA